UUUCUAAUCAGAGUGCUAUAGUCACCAAGUAUGUUUGAAAAUCAGAAUUUACAAUCAGGUCAGAAUCCAAGAAUGCCUGGACACUUUUCUCUAGAAAGAGAUUGCAAUUCUGGCUUUAAUAAGCCCCAUAUUGCUGUUAGUUUCAAUCAUUCUCAGAUAUACUCUAAAUAAAAAGCCCACUUCUGUGCUAAGAGCUUUAAAAAAAGAACUCAGAAUAAAGUAAAGCCAGAAGUUAAUGUAAUUUUAGUAAAAAGUUUCCAGACAAUAUUGGCUUAAGGAUUGCUUCAAAGAAGGAUAAUACGUUAAUGAAAUCGAAAAAUAAACUGCUCAUGGAUAGAUUUCAUACGAUCUCUCAUAGAGGUCUUUGUAAUAAGCAAAGAAUGAAGAGUACCUUUAGUGACAAUUCAAGCAAUAUAAAGCUUAAACUUACUGGAGAGGCUUUAGAACAAACUAAAACACCUCUUUCUCCAAAAUUUCUGAAAAAUACACACUUAUCCAAGAAAUUAAAGAUGCUUAUUAAAAAUAGAGAAAUAAGAAAAGAAAAUUACUUGAGCAACCAAAGAUUUGGAUCUCCAAUUCAGACUGCUAUCCCUCAAACAAGUCGAUAUCAGAGCAAUUAUAAACCAAGGAAUGGAUACUUUAUGGAAAAUUCAAAUGAAACCAAGAAAGAGUCCUCUAUUAUGACUCAGGUGAAGAAAGAAAGAUCGUUAGAAAACCUUCUUUUUCAUCGCUCAGGAGGGACUAAUAUAAAUUAUAAAUACGUAAUAAAUGCAUCUUAUUUAUAGGGAAGGUGAGAAUUUUAAUGACAUAACCAUAUUCUGCUAGGACUUAUAACAGAUGCUUUCCUUUUACUCAAAACCAAGAAAACAAAGCUGUUGAAAAAUUACCAAGCUUUACAGAAUAUUUAAAAACCAGAAAUUUCCAAGCAUUCAACAAAGACAUAAUCGGAGUAGACAUGAUGGAGACCUUCGAUUGCCUCUCCAAAAGGUACAACCGCAAAGAAACCUUCCUCAAAAACACACAAGACAGCAAAAUCUGUGACCCCCAUAUCCAAAAGUCCAUCAACAAAUUCUUUACCCUCCCCUCUACU